AUGUGGCGAUGGAGGCGAUCGAGAACACGCCAUGUCUUCUUGCUCUCUUUUUCUAGUCUUCUCAUCGCCCUUCUCUUCAGUCACAGUUCAAACGCUCUCUCCACCUCAUCGACAUCGUAUCACAAUGCGACGGCUCUUCUCUCGUCGCUUCUCGAUGAAUACGAUAUUAGACUAAGACCAGGAUUUGGAGGGGAUGCUCUCCUUCUCACAAUGGACAUUAUCAUUGCCUCAUUUGAUGCUAUUUCGGAAGUGGAUAUGGAUUACACGGUGACACUGUAUCUACACCAAUAUUGGAGAGAUGAGCGACUCUCGUGGAUAAAUGAUCCAACAAGGAUUGAUGAUAUGACUCUAAGCGGGGAUUUCUCGUCAAGAAUAUGGGUUCCGGACACUUUUUUGGCUAAUGAUAAGCAUUCGUUUUUGCAUGAUGUUACAGAGAGAAAUAAAAUGCUUCGUAUUACAAGAGAUGGUCGGAUUGCUUAUGGGAUGAGAUUCACUUCAACUUUGGCUUGUAGUAUGGAUUUGAGAAAUUUCCCGCUCGAUGCACAGAAUUGCACAGUUGAGAUCGAGUCGUAUGGUUACACAACUGAGGAGGUGUUGAUGAAAUGGAACCAACCACACGCUGUGCAUGGGGUCGAGUCGGCCGAGGUGCCACAGUUCAAAAUUCUCGGCUAUCAAACUGAUGACAGCAUUGUUACCACAGCCACUGGCUCCUAUCAACGAUUGUCUUUGGUGUUUCAAUUGAAAAGAUCCGUUGGAUAUUUCAUCUUUCAGACUUAUCUACCUUGUGUGCUUAUUGUGAUGCUAUCAUGGGUUUCUUUUUGGAUUAAUCAUGAAGCCACGUCAGCUCGAGUGGCACUUGGAAUCACAACCGUCCUCACAAUGACAACGAUCUCGACUGGUGUUCGCCAAUCUUUGCCUAGAAUCAGCUACGUGAAAAGCAUUGAUAUCUAUUUGGUGAUGUGCUUCGUGUUCGUCUUUGCGGCUCUUCUCGAGUACGCGGCUGUCAACUAUAACUAUUGGGGACGAAGGGCUAGGAACUCAUGUCGGAGUACAACUGAGGAGGGUGGAUGGCCGGGAGCUGCUCUAAAUGGAGAAAUGCAACGAGAAGCUCAAGAAGGGGUUGAUUGGAGAGUACCGCAAAGCUUUCAACAGCUUUCUCAGGAAAUUAGUGAUCGAGAAGCAAGAGAAAGGGAGAUGGAAGGGCCGAGUAGAGAGAGUCGUCGGCCGGCUUCACCUUUACCGUCAUUAUGCGCGCAUGCAAUGACCGACGUAGGAGCACCGGCCAUCGACGAGGUGCCGGAUUACCCUCGAUACACAGCACAUCCCGGUCCAAUGCAUGUACGACAACGGCCUUCCUCGAUCCCCAAAUCAAGACCGGCAAUGCUCAACAAAGCAGCCGUUUUAAAGCCAGCUGUUCUCAAAUCUUCUAUGCACAAAGCCGUCAAGAAAGCUCGUUCGGUGAUUCCUUCAUUGCGGGUACGAGAUGUGAACGUGAUCGACAAAUAUUCACGAAUCGUCUUUCCACUUUGUUUUAUCAUUUUCAACAUCUUCUAUUGGGGCUACUACACAAUAAUGCAACAAUGG